UUUCAGCACUUUUUUUGCGCUCUAUUGCCGCAUUUUAGUAUCAGGAAUGCGCAGAGCUGGGCGGACACCAAGGGCAGGGUGGGACACUAAAACUUUCUACAAACUUCUCCCCCUUACUCACAUUUACCCAGAACUUUGCGCUUCACUGGGAAAUCCUCACCUGUAGCUGACUGAGCUCCUGCUGAAACAUGUCGGACAGCACAUCCGACCCGGGCUCCAUUACCAAUCCGAAGAAGUUUAAGAAUCAGGACUUCUUUUCUCUGCUUGAUGAAUGUCUCAAAUCCGGCAAGCUGUUCGUGGAUCCGAGCUUUAGUGCCGAUCAGAACUCUAUUGGCAUGCCGGCAGAUCCAGACCCCAAACUGGCCAUCAAGUGGCUGAGACCCAAGGAAAUCAGCAGCAAUGCUGUCUUUGUGGAAGGAACCACAGGCACUACUGAUAUCUGCCAGGGCCAGCUGGGUAACUGCUGGCUGCUUGCUGCUCUUUCCUGUCUCACUAUGCAUCCAACUCUGUUUGAGAAAGUGGUCCCAUCAGAACAAACCAUGGACGCGUCCUAUGCUGGAAUCUUCCGUUUCAGGUUCUGGCAGUAUGGUGAGUGGGUGGAGGUGGUGGUGGAUGACAGGUUGCCCGUGCGAGGAGGCCGUCUGCUUUUCAGCUACUCACGCACUAAGAAUGAGUUCUGGAGUGCCCUGGUGGAGAAGGCUUACGCCAAGUUGAUUGGGUCCUAUAGCAGUCUAAAGGGAGGCAAUAUAUCUGAGGGGAUGGAAGACUUUACAGGCGGCAUUGCUUACACUCGUCCUGUUUCCUCUCGCACACCUCCCGUCUUGUGGAGGACUCUUACUGCGGCACUGUCUAGAGGUAGCCUGCUCAGCUGCUUCAUACAGGCCAACAAUGUGAAAGAGAUCGGCAGCGUGACUCCAGAGGGGCUGGUCAAAGGUCAUGCCUAUGCCAUCACCGCCACAGAUAAGGUGCAAAAAAAAGAUGAAGAGGUGUUACUUGUGAGACUGAGAAACCCCUGGGGAUUUGUGGAGUUCUGUGGACCGUGGAGUGACAGGUGUAAAGACUGGGAUGGCAUAGACAGUGCCGAGAAGGCCAGAAUCAAAUUGAAAAUUGAAGAAGAUGGAGAAUUUUGGAUUGGGGUGGAAGACUUUUGCAAGCUGUUUGACACAGUGGAGUUGUGUAGUGUGGAUCCUGACUGUGAUGCUGGAGAGGAAGAUAAUGCCACCCCCUCCUGGUCCUUGACCUCCCACAAGGGGUCCUGGGUGCCCAUGUGCUCUGCUGGGGGCAGCCGCAAAAGUCCUCGGACUUUCUGGAAGAACCCCCAGUUCCACUUAAUUCUGUCGCAGCAGGACCUAGAGGACGUGGAGAUCGACGAAGAUGAGCAGGAUGCCGGAGAUGAUGAUGAUGAUGUCAGCAACUCGACUCAGUCAAAGAGCUCUGUGGAUAAGCAAAAAGAGAAGAUGAAGAAAUGCACAGUGCUGAUAGAGCUGCUGCAGAAAAACCGUCGCAUGCAGAACAAAGUCAACUUUCUUUAUAUUGGCUACCACAUCUACAAAGUGCCCCCUGAGCUGCAGGACAGCACUGGUUCUUUCAGUCAGGCAUUUUUUGAUGCUAACCCAGUGGUGGGCCGUUCUGGGAAGUAUCGUAGCAUGCGGGCUGUGUGGAGGAAGGUGCACUUGGACCCGGGGCACUACAUCAUUGUGGCAUCCACACAGAGGCCCAACCAGCCUGGGGAGUUUUUCCUCCGCAUCUACGCCAAGAACGGCAACACACUGGGGGUUCGUGAGAUCACCUGCCCUACUGCUAUCACCACGACUGUCAUGUCAAGUCCUCCAUCACCUGAGGAUCAGAUAUUGGUGCAGAAGUGGUUUGAUGAGGAAGCUGAACUGGAUGACAAAUUAAAUGCGUUGGGGUUCAUGAAGUUGCUCAACACAGUGCUGGAGAAGGACUACCAUAUUCCUCUGGAGACCUGCCGACAGCUCAUUUUCACACAAGAUACUGGAGGUCGAGGCAGGCUGAGUCGUGAUCAGGCCAAUAAUCUCCUCUCAUCUCUGCGCAGUCUGCAGUCAAUCUUUCUUGAGUAUGACGAGGAUUCAUCUGGAAAUAUGAAUCCUUUCGAGUUCAGUCAAGCUCUUAAUGCAGCAGGUGUGCAGUGUGAUAAUAACAUACUACACCUGCUAUGGGAGCGCUUCGGCUCGGGGGAGCAGCAGCUACCUUUCUACAUUUUCGUGUCGUGUGUUACCAGACUGCAAGUCCUCUUUGCUCUGUUUGACUCAGAAAGCAGCCUGGAGGUGAAGAGCAGAGGCAUAAACACGUGGCUGCUCAGGCUGCUGGCUGUGUGAGCACGCUCAGAUGUGACACCUCAGCAGGACAGACCUGUACGGCCAGGACUAUACAGACGUCAUCCACCUGGACCCGCGUUAUUUCUCUCUCACACCCACUCUCGCGAUUUCAUUUCAUUUACAUCACACUCUCCCUGGGCCUCGUUCGGAUCGCUUCCACCCACUCAUCCACCCGUCCCCACUGUCACGCAGGUCAUAUGGGUCGUUCCUGAUUAUGGUCCAGACACACGUGCUCUGCCUAUGUGUUUUAAAAUAGCAAGCAUUAUAACCACUAUACUGAAUAUACUAUAUUUUGUGUUAAUCAUACAACCAUAUUUUGGAUGAUCUAUCUUACGUAAUAUCUACCAGUUAUAUUUAGUGUAUUUGAUUGAUAAAAAUUGUAUUCUAACCAGUCUAAUUUUGAACAUUCUCUGUUGUUGAUUCAUGUAUAUGCUACACACCCAUAAAGGCCAGAAGUUACAGAUUGUUCUUUAUUAACGAAAAUACUUAACAGUUGCAGCUAUAAUUCCAGUACAAUGUACAGUAUAGACCUGGAUUAGUAAUGUAAUUAUAUAAAAACGAUGAAUAUAGUAAAUUGAUUAUAAAUGUACCAGUGUGAAGCACAUGAAUUUAAAUAUCCAUAAGGGUUUGUUAGCGCUU